AUGAGCAUGUACGGGAGGGACCCGUGGGGCGGGCCGCUGGAGAUAUGCCACCCCGACUCGGCCACGGACGACGACCGCAGCCGGAACCUGGACAUCGACCGGGGCGCGCUGUCGCGGACGCUCGACGAGACGCAGCAGAGCUGGCUGCUGGCGGGGCCCGGGGACCAGGGCCGCAAGAAGAAGAAGUACGUCGACAUCGGCUGCCUCGUCGUCAGCCGCAAGCUCUUCGUCUGGACGCUCGGGGUGCUCCUCGCCGCCGCCGUCUUCGCGGGGGUCGUCGCCGGGAUCGCCAAGGCCAUCCCCAGGCGCCACCGCCCGCCGCCGCCGCCCGACGACUACACCGUCGCGCUGCACAAGGCGCUCAGGUUCUUCAAUGCACAGAGAUCUGGGAAGCUUCCGAAACACAACAAUAUACCAUGGCGUGGUAACUCUUGCAUGAAGGACGGACUUUCUGACCCUGCAGUCCGGCGAAGCCAGGUUGGCGGGUACUAUGAUGCUGGGGACGCUGUCAAGUUCAAUUUCCCAGCUGCCUUCUCCAUGACCCUCCUCAGCUGGAGCGUCAUUGAGUACAGUGCUAAGUACGAUGCUGUCGGGGAACUUGGCCAUGUCCGUGACAUUAUCAAGUGGGGAUCAGACUACUUCUUGAAGACCUUUAAUUCCACAGCCGAUAGCAUUGAUCGUGUCAUUGCGCAGGUGGGAAGUGCUGCAACUUCACCUGGUUCGACACAGCCCAAUGAUCAUUAUUGUUGGAUGAGGCCAGAGGACAUUGACUACCCACGUCCAGUGGUUGAGUGCCACGCUUGUUCAGAUCUUGCUGCUGAAAUGGCUGCAGCAUUAGCUGCAGCAUCGAUUGUAUUCAAGGACAAUAAGGCUUACUCACAGAAGCUUGUACACGGUGCUACCACUCUGUUCCAGUUUGCAAGGGAGCGACGUGGGAGGUAUAGUGCAGGUGGCUCAGAUGCUGCAAAGUUCUACAAUUCAACCAGUUACUGGGAUGAGUUUGUGUGGGGUAGUUCAUGGAUGUACCUUGCAACUGGCAAUUCAUCAUACUUGACUCUAGCCACACACCCUAAACUUGCAAAGCAUGCUGGCGCUUUCUGGGGUGGACCAGAUUAUGGUGUGUUCAGCUGGGACAAUAAGCUCACUGGUGCACAGGUUCUUCUAAGCCGGUUGAGGCUUUUCUUGAGUCCUGGAUAUCCAUAUGAGGAGAUGUUGAGGACAUUCCACAACCAAACUAGCAUUAUCAUGUGUUCCUACCUUCCAAUCUUUAAAUCUUUCAACAGAACAAGAGGUGGUUUGAUUCAGUUAAAUCACGGGAAGCCACAACCCCUUCAGUAUGUGGUCAACGCUGCAUUCCUUGCUUCUGUGUUCAGUGACUAUCUUGAGGCUGCGGAUACUCCUGGGUGGUAUUGUGGCCCCCAUUUCUACUCUAUUGAGGUUCUUCGCAGUUUUGCAAGGACUCAGAUUGAGUACAUCUUGGGAAAGAAUCCUUUGAAGAUGAGCUAUGUGGUUGGGUUCGGAAACCAUUACCCCAAGCAUGUUCACCACCGGGGCGCCUCGAUCCCUAAGAAUGGUGUUCACUAUGGUUGCAAAGGAGGGUGGAAAUGGAGGGACACCAAGAAGCCAAACCCUAAUAUCAUAGUAGGGGCCAUGGUUGCUGGCCCUGAUCGCCAUGACGGGUUCAAAGAUGUCCGCAAGAAUUUUAACUACACUGAAGCAACGCUGGCGGGCAAUGCUGGUCUAGUUGCAGCAUUGGUAGCUUUGUCGGGUGAAGGCCACGGGGUGGACAAGAACGCUAUGUUCUCUGCAGUACCGCCCAUGUUCCCUUCGCCUCCGCCGCCACCUGCCCCAUGGAAACCAUGA